CCGGGCUGGGGAGGCUGAGAUGAGACAGAAGGCUCCGGGCUGAGGGAGGCUGAGAUGAGACAGAGUGCUGCUCUGGAGCUUGUUACUGCUGCAAAGAAGGAUAUGACAGGAACUAGGAUUUACAUUGGGCUCCUAUUCCACUGAGGGAAGGGCACACAAGAAGAAGUGUCUACCAAGUUUCCAUUAAUAACCAAAAAAAAUAAGACAUAAAGGAGGAGAAGGUGUCCAACAUGGCGAUCCCAAGGAGGUUCUAACUAUUGGCAGAAGGUGUCAUGCUGAGGGGGUGGAGAAGAAGAAGCCUGAAGAAGUGGAGGUAACAGUCUACAUCCAUACCUGAGACCUUGGAGGAGGACAUUCCUUAUCUUGUGGGGUCUUGACAAGCCAACAUGGCGACCAUGAUAAGGAGCAAACUGUCCAAUGUGGCCACCACGGUGUCCAACAAGUCCCAGGCCAAGGUCAGUGGAAUGUUUGCCAGGAUGGGCUUCCAGGCGGCCACUGAUGAAGAAGCUGUUGGCUUUGCCCAUUGCGAUGACCUGGACAUGGAGCACCGACAAGGUCUUCAGAUGGACAUCCUGAAAACUGAGGUGUCCCCUGGUGAUGCCCCUGCAGAAGGAGAUAUCCAUUACCAAAGAGAUGGCACAGGUCCCCCUCCUUCUUCUUCUAAAGAUGAAGGACUAUGCUCUGAGCUCUCCACGGGUGGGAAGCCUAAAAUCACAUCAUGGGAAGCUGGUUGGAAUGUCACCAACGCCAUCCAGGGGAUGUUCGUGUUGGGAUUACCUUACGCAAUUCUUCACGGUGGAUAUCUGGGACUGUUCCUCAUCAUUUUUGCUGCAGUCGUGUGUUGCUACACCGGAAAGAUUCUCAUUGCCUGCCUGUACGAAGAGAAUGAAGACGGAGAGACUGUGAGAGUCAGGGACUCGUAUGUGGACAUUGCCAAUGCCUGCUGUGCACCCAGGUUUCCUAAACUUGGGGGAAGGAUUGUUAAUGUGGCUCAGAUUAUCGAACUGGUCAUGACAUGCAUCCUUUAUGUGGUGGUCAGUGGAAACUUGAUGUUCAACAGCUUUCCCACCCUACCGGUUUCUCAGAAGUCUUGGUCCAUCAUAGCCACUGCCGUGCUUCUCCCAUGUGCGUUCCUCAAAAACCUAAAGUCUGUAUCCAAGUUCAGUUUACUCUGCACCAUAGCCCACUUUGUCAUUAACGUCCUAGUCAUUGCCUAUUGUCUGUCCAGGGCCAGAGACUGGGCUUGGGACAAAGUGAAGUUUUACAUAGAUGUAAAGAAGUUCCCAAUCUCCAUAGGCAUAAUUGUCUUCAGCUACACCUCCCAGAUCUUCCUGCCCUCCUUGGAAGGGAACAUGAACAACCCCAAAGAAUUCCACUGCAUGAUGAACUGGACCCACAUCGCCGCCUGCAUUCUCAAGGGGCUUUUUGCUCUGGUGGCGUAUCUGACCUGGGCAGAUCAAACCAAGGAGGUCAUUACAGACAACUUACCCUCCACUAUCAGGGCAGUGGUCAACCUCUUCUUGGUGUCCAAAGCCUUGCUGUCUUACCCGCUGCCCUUCUUUGCUGCAGUAGAAGUCUUGGAAAGAUCUCUUUUCCAGGAAGGAGCAAGGUCUUUUUUCCCAAACUGUUACGGGGGCGAUGGGAGACUGAAGGCUUGGGGCCUGUCCCUCAGAUGUGCCCUAGUGGUGUUCACCUUGCUUAUGGCCAUCUAUGUGCCCCACUUUGCUCUGUUGAUGGGUCUCACCGGUAGCCUCACCGGGGCCGGGCUUUGCUUCUUGCUUCCCAGCCUCUUCCAUCUUAAGCUUUUGUGGAGGAAGCUUCAGUGGCACCAUGUCUUUUUCGAUGUUUCCAUUUUCGUCAUUGGUUCUAUUUGUAGCAUUUCUGGAUUUAUACAUUCACUAGAGGGUCUAAUAGAAGCCUUUAGGUACAAUAUAGAAGAUUGAUGCAAAAAAAAAAAAAAGACAAUCAAGUUUGGCAUCGGCAUCGCUAAGAAUUAUGCAUCAGUUUCUACUGACAUCCUCAUUUUGGCUAGACACAUUUAAAGCAUUCGCUACCUGAGAUGGCGCCAUUAAUACAUUGCCUCUUUUUUUGUAUUGCUGGCACAUCUGAUAGCUGAGAAAGCUACCAACAUGCUCUGAUCAUGAGUUCCGACCCCAUUUUUAUUCCCCCUUAAAAGGGUACUCUGCCCCUAAGGAUAGGGGAUAAGAUGUCUGGUCACGGGUGGUCCCACCACUGGGGGCCCCCUGCGAUCCCAGCUGCGGCACCCCAGACAUCCGGUGUACAGAGGAAAUUUCACUCCGUGCCAGAUGACUGGCGAUGCGGGGUGGAGGCUGGUGACGUCAUGGCCACACCUCGCUCGUGAUGUCACGACCACGCCUCCUCAAUGCAAGUCUAUGGGAGGGGGCAUGGUGGGCGUAACGCCCCCUCCCAUAGACUUUCAUUGAGGGGGCGUGGCCGUGACAUCACCAGCCUCCAGCGCUGCACCUGACGCUUUAAACAAACGCCGAGUGCAGCACGGACAUCGCGGGGGUCCCCAGCGGCAAGUCCCCCACGAUCAGACAUCUUAUCCCCUACCCGUUGGAUAGGGGAUAAGAUGUCUAGGGACGGGGUACCCCUUUAAGAAAAGCUAACAAAAAAAUAAUAUAUAUAUAUAUCUGUAUAUGAAUCAAAGGGAAAUGUUUUAUUUUUGUUAUAUUUAUUUCAAAGUAAUCUAAUUUGGAUAAAUUAUGGUAAAUAUAAAUAUAUAUAAGUAACAAAAAAAAGAACUUAUCACAAAGAAAGUCUAUAGUAAAGAGCAGGGACGUGCACAGACAUUUGGGGGGGGGGGGCAGGGGCUCAAGUAGAAAAAAGGGCACUUCUUAUUAUAAAAUGUUUUUAAUGUAAAAACCUUACAUUUGUUAACACAAUUUCUGAGGUAAGGGACCUCCGGCAGUCAUGUCAGCUGAAUGGGACCCACUUGACCCAACAGAGGUUCCAAUCAUUGAGAGCAUUAUAGGGCAGGUUAAUUUAGAACAGGGGCUCAAGCCCCCUUUUGAGUCUAUGUGUGCACGUCCCUGGUAAAGAGUCCCAUGUAAGAAAGGCCUGCAUGCAACGUUCUUUUUCACUGCCCAUGCGUUCAUCCAGUCUGCUAGGCACACCACGAUGGCACACUGUACCGGGGCAAACUAUUGUCAUUCUUCCAAGCUGGUUUUCACAUUUGUUAUCAUGUUGUGGCAGUUAUUCGUAAGGAGUAGAGUAUGACAAAGACUCAUGGGAGUCCACCAACCGGGCCCUAUGAAGAUGUCACUCGUGUCCUGGUUUACCAAGCACAAUCCUAAAUGUCACAGUCCACCUAUAAGAUGCAGCCGCCAAUGGCCACUGAAUGCUUUCUUCCAGUCUGGGAUUCAUCUAGAAGAGAAAAAUACACACAAGGGGGUUUGUACAGGGGUGGAAAUUCAUCAUGUGCAGUUUUUUCCAAAGUGCAAGGUUUGUUACCUGUGAGUGUGUGUGUAUGUGUGACGUAACUGUGCUCACAGACAAGUGUAUAUCCUAAAGUUCUAUUGUGGUACCUUAAUAUAUACAACAAUAAAGAGAGAUUCUCCUGA